AUGGAAUUGCCGGUUAGAUCACCACCACCGGAGCCGAUCUCCGGCGACAGGAGAUCACCAGCCUCAUUCCAAAUCGAAACCAAAAACUUGUCCUACCAAGUAGCAUCUAGCAACCUGCCAUGGAAAUGGGUGCCUUUUGCUUCUUCUUCUUCCUCUUCUUCAGGGUUUAUUCUAAGGGAUGUGAAUUUCGUUGCCCGGCCCGGAGAGUUAACCGCCAUCGCCGGUCCCAGUGGAGCUGGGAAGACCACUUUGCUCGAUAUUGUAGCAGGGAAGAUCUGUUCUAGCUGCCGUCAGGUCUCCGGCGAAGUUCUGAUCAAUAACCGGCCGCUAGACGCCAGAGCAAUCCGGAGGCAAUCAGGAUUCGUGACUCAGGAAGAUGCUCUGUUUCCUGAGCUGACGGUGGAGGAAACCCUGACGUACAGCGCGCAGCUGAAGUUGCCUGGCGGGAGAAUCGAGGCUUCGGGUCGGGUCGGGAAGCUGAUUCAGGAACUGGGUCUGGUUCGGGUUUCGAAAUCUCGGGUGGGUUCGAUCUCUGGCGGGGAAAGGAGGAGGGUGUCGAUCGGGGUCGAUCUGGUUCACGACCCUGCUGUUGUGUUUGUGGACGAGCCGACCUCGGGUUUGGAUUCGGCUGCGGCUCUUCAGGUUGUGGAGCUUCUGAAGGCGAUGGCGGUUAACCAAGGUAAGACCGUUGUCCUGACCAUUCACCAACCCGGGUUUCGAAUCUUGAGUCUCUUCGAUCGGGUUGCUCUGCUUUCGAAUGGGUGCCUUGUCCAUUGUGGCUCUGUGCGGAGCCUCGAGGAAACAAUCAAGCGUGUCGGGCACUACAUCCCUCGUCGGGUCAAUGUGCUCGAAUUCGCCAUCGAUGUGGCAAGCGUGGUGGUGGUUCGUAACCCGAACCGGUCCGAUCAGGAUUUCGAUGUCCAGUUAUCUGUUAUGUCGCUGAACAACAUCUUCAAACAUCACAACUCUAUUUUCGGGGAAGUCGUGAUUCUGGCAAAGAGAUUCUGUAACAACAUUUUUAGGACGAAGCAAUUGUUCCUAGCUAGGGUCGUUCAAGCAUCGGUUUCCGGAUUAAUACUUGGAACAAUAUUCCUCAAUGUGGGCAAUGAAACGGGAGGCAAUGCAAUGCAGACGCUCUUAGGAUUCUUCGCAUUCUCGCUCACGUUCCUGCUCUCCUCUACAACAGAGGUCCUCCCGAUUUUCCUAGAGGAACGGAGGAUACUGAUGAAGGAGACCUCGGGUGGCGCCUACAGAGUCUCCUCCUAUGUACUAUCAAACACGUUGAUCUUUCUCCCAUUCCUUCUGAUGGUAGCCAUGUUGUAUGCUACCCCGGUGUACUGGCUGGUCGGCCUGAGAAGAGAGCUCGAUGGGUUCCUCUACUUCUCGCUCGUGGUCUGGAUGGUGAUAUCAAUGUCGAACUCAUUCGUGGCGUGUUUCAGUGCUCUCGUGCCGAACUUCAUCAUGGGGACGUCGGUGAUCUCGGGGCUGAUGGGUUCAUUCUUCCUCUUCUCUGGCUACUUCAUAGCUAAAGAUGACAUCCCUGUGUAUUGGAAGUUCAUGCAUUACUUGAGCUUGUUCAGGUACCCUUUUGAGUGUUUCUUGAUCAAUGAGUAUGGAGGGGAGCAAGGGAAGAACAGGUGCUUGCAGUUCUCUUCUGAUGGUGAGGGAGAGGGUGGGCUCAAUUGUCAAUUGGAUGGGAGUGGGUUCUUGAGGCAGCAAGGGCUUGUGGCCUCUCAAAAAUGGACCAAUUUGGGUGUGAUGUUGGGCUUUAUGGUUGUUUACAGGCUGCUUUGCUAUUGCAUUUUAAGGUGUAGAACUUACAGAUAUUGA